UUGACCAUAUCUUUCAAGAACUUGGAAUAAAUCCACUGAAACUACAAUUCUACAAACAUCUCAUUUCCUUGAUGGCUAUUUUCAUAAUGAUUUUAUUGAUUACAUUCCAUGUUUUAUUCACCAAUAGCCAACAUCACCCUUUAGAUCCUCUAACUCCUAACGAAUUAUCCCAAAUCCAACGUAUCAUAACAAACUCUCAUAUUUCUUCUCUUCCAAAUCUAACCUUCCAUUUUGUUGAUCUCAAUGAACCCAACAAAAAAGACGUAAUCCAAUGGCUCUCAUCUCCCCACAAACAAAACCAGUCUUUCCCUUAUCGAGAAGCCAUGAUUGUGAUUCGUGGUGGUGGUCAAACCCAUGAACUCAUCAUAGAUUUGACCACUUCUUCCAUCACAUCAGACCAUGUUUAUACAGGCGAUGGCUACCCUCCAAAUACCUUCACUGAGCUACUUCAAGCAGCAAGAUUACCCUUCAAAAGCUCUAAAUUCAAAGCUUUGAUCUCAAAAAGAGGCUUAAACAUAUCGGAAAUCACGUGUUUUCCAUUCACUAUAGGAUGGUUUGGAGAAUCCGUCACUAAAAGAGCUGUUAAAUUAUCGUGUUUCUACCAUGAAGGAACCACUAAUGUUUUCUCAAGACCUAUCGAAGGUUUAACCAUUUUAGUAGACAUCGAGUCGAUGAAAAUUCAGAAAAUUGUAGACAUCGGAAGUAGAAGAACUCAUUUGCCUCGAGGUGAAGGUACUGAUUUACAAAGUUCUAGUGAAAGUUAUGAUCCUAACGUCGAUUGUGAGAAAACUCAUGAAAAAGGAUUCACGAUUGAAAGAAACGAAAUUAAUUGGAAGAAUUGGAGAUUUCACGUGGGGUUUAACGCACGUGCGGGAGUGAUUAUAUCAACUGCAUCGGUUUUUGAUUCUGGGAAAAACGAAUGGAGGAGGGUGAUGUAUAGAGGACACGUGUCAGAAACGUUUGUUCCAUAUAUGGAUCCAAGUAGUGAAUGGUAUUACAGGACUUUUUUGGAUGUAGGUGAAUUUGGGUUUGGUAGAUCUGCUGUAACACUUGUGAAUUUAACAGAUUGUCCAAGUAAUUCGGUUUAUAUUGAUGGGUAUAUGAGUGGGGCAGAUGGGAUGCCUCAAGAAGUGCCUAAAGCUAUCUGUAUAUUUGAAAGGUAUGCUGGAGAUAUUGCUUGGAGACAUACUGAAAUUGGUAUUCCAGGAAAAGUGAUAACAAGUGGAGAAGCAGAAGUUAGUCUUGUAGUCAGAAUGGUAGCCACAGUAGGAAACUAUGAUUACAUUCUUGAUUGGGAGUUCAAGCAAAGUGGCUCCAUAAAAGUUAAGGUAGGACUUACGGGUGUUUUGGAAAUGAAAGCAACAAGAUACACAAAAGCCAAAGAAAUCAAAGAAGAAACCUAUGGACCACUAGUAGCAACCAACAGAAUAGGAAACAACCAUGAUCACUUCAUAACAUACUAUCUCGACCUUGACAUUGAUGGCGAUGAAAACUCUUUUGUAAAAGCAAAUUUAAAAGUCAAAAAAGUCAACACAUCUCCAAGGAAGAGUUACUGGAAUGUGGUUAAGGAGACUGCCAAAACCGAAAAUGAAGCAAGAAUUAGGCUCGGGUUGAAGGCAUCCGAACUUUUAGUGGUGAACACAAAUAAGAAGACCAAAUUGGGAAAUGAUGUUGGGUAUCGGGUGAUGACAGGGCAGCCAGCUGUCUCUUUAUUAUUGGAUGAUGAUUAUCCACAAAUUAGAGCUUCUUACACUAAGUAUCAAGUGUGGGUGACUAGUUAUAACAAGUCCGAGAGAUGGGCUGCAGGGUUUUAUGCUGAUAGGAGCACAGGAAAAGAUGGGUUAUCUGUUUGGAGCCGAAGGAAUAGAUCGAUUAUGAACAAAGAUAUAGUUUUGUGGUACACUGUGGGAUUUCAUCACAACCCCUGUCAAGAAGAUUUCCCAGUGAUGUCAACAUUAUCUAAUGGAUUCGAGUUAAAGCCUUCAAACUUUUUUGAAAGAAAUCCAUUGAUCAAGACUUGAAAAGAAGUUAAAGAAAUCAUUUAUCUCUUUCAUCAGGUUUCUAUGGCGUAACAGCUAGAAAGUAAGAACACGGUUGAAGGGCAUCACAAAGAUUUGAG